CAUUGACGCCUGCAUGCCUAACGCGCCACAUAACACGUGCCUAUCUUAUCAAAUCGAUAAGCUCUAUCUAUGUACAUAAUCAUUAUCCCAAAGCUGUCACCUUACAUAAGACCUCAACUCUUACGUAUCUGAGCUAUACCGUACCUUUGCGCCCCGCAUUGCAACCUUAUAAAGGACGUUCGUAAUUAACUUAAAGGAACCGCUGUCAGGCCGGGGAUUGCUUCAUCCCCACAACCCAUUGUAGGACAUAACACCAGGUUAGGGGACUGAUCGCACUACACACACCAUGUCCCAAUCUCUCCGCCCCUACCUCCAAUGUGUGCGGAGCACUCUAACCGCCGCCCUCUGCCUUUCCAACUUCGCCUCCCAAACCUCCGAACGACACAAUGUUCCCGAAAUCGAAGCCCAGACUUCCCCUGAAGUCCUGCUCAACCCCUUAAUCAUCGCCCGUAAUGAGAACGAGAAAGUCCUGAUCGAACCCAGCAUCAACAGUGUGCGAAUCAGCAUCAAGAUCAAGCAGGCAGACGAGAUCGAGAAUAUCCUAGUCCAUAAGUUCACCCGAUUCUUGACCCAGCGCGCCGAAGCCUUCUUCAUCCUUAGGAGGAAACCCAUCAAGGGGUACGACAUUUCCUUCCUAAUAACAAACUUCCAUACCGAGGAGAUGUUGAAGCACAAGCUGGUCGACUUCAUCAUCCAAUUCAUGGAGGAAGUAGAUAAGGAAAUUUCGGAGAUGAAGCUGUUUUUGAACGCACGAGCAAGAUUCGUAGCCGAAUCUUUCCUAACACCUUUUGACUAAAAUAUUAUGUCCGCGGAUAGCUGGAUAUUCUCCCCAGUUAUAAAAUGAUGAAAAUAAACCAGACAUGAACCAUGAAGCGAAGAACCAACCUAUGGAGUCAAGAAUUGACAUACCCAGAGCAUAACUGGUUAAGGUCGCACGAAUAGACAGCGGGCUCUAGCAAUAUGCAUUACUUAGAUAUAAAAUGAUAGCAAACAUUGAUUUCAGGUUACCAUUUGAUCCAUCUAGCCACCCAGUAUCGAACCAAUGAAGCGAUUAGGCGAGAUUUUUGUACGACUGCUCUGCUCGAGACUGUAGUCUCAGAAAUAGUGCCC